GUGUUCCUGUGUGCUUCAACCAAGCAACAUGAUGUUUGUUGUUGAGGAAACAUUGGACAAAAAGCUGUGCCACAACCUUGCAGCUCCUUCAAGUUGACAGGACCUUCCUAGAUUCUCUAUUUUGUCCAAUGGAAACCAACGGAUGCAGCCAGCAAUGGAAGAUGCAUCGGCCAGAGUUUGCCAGCAAGACCAAGAAUGAAAGGGAUGGAGGAGGGCCCCAGAAAAAUGUUACUAUGGCACCCACCUCUCGGUAUCUGAGCGGCAGGCAUUAUGUAAUGAGGAAGCCUCUCUUCUCCUCAGAACAACAUAUAUCUAUCUUAAAGAAGACUCAUCCACAGAAGCACUUACAGAUGGAGAAACAUUUGAGUGUCUGCAGGACAGAAAAAGAUCAGCAAUAUGCCAACAUCAGCUUGUUGACCAGAGCUGAGAAGAGAAGAGAAAAGCUGACCCCAGAGAGCUUCAGCCUCUCUCACUCUGACCUGUCACCACACUCAGCCUCCACAGAGGAACUUGGCUCACCCCUGGGUGUCGCAGACUUCCGAGGCAGGCUGUCCCAUGAAGAACUCACUGUAUCAUCUUUCCCUGGACGCAGGUCAGCUCAGCGGAGCCUCUCUAGCUCCAUCCUGGAGGCUCAGAGACCAAACCCUCCACUGAGACCGCAACUAACCUCCACUGUCCUUUAUCCUACCUACACCCCUUGCUCAAGUGACUCUAGGUGGGGCCAGACUGAUCUCAGGUUGGGGAGGGGGGAACAGGGAGGGGCAGGGGAGACCAAGCUAAAUACAUGCUCUUCUGUAAGGCAGUCAAGGGGACGCACUAUGUCUUCCUGUCAGGCCAACUACUGGGCCUGUGCCAUCCCUAAAACUUUGCCCCAAUCCCCAGACAGGCACUCUGUAGGCUGGGAUCCAAACAAAGAGUACCAGGCUCUGCUGGACUACGCCUAUCCUCUGAGACCAGGACAGCAGGUCAGUGACUUUGAGGUCCGGGGAGACUGUCCCCUCCAAACAGACCCAAACCUGCAGGACUCAGGGAUUGAACUGGACCCCCUUUGUAGCUCGACUAACCUGUUGGGGUUUGACUAUUCCCUGAGCCCCACAUGGCGGGCCAGAGAAGGGGGCCUUCUUAGUGUGUGUCAGAGGUCACCUGAAAUGUGGGAAUUCUCCAAAUCCUUGGAUGGUCUGCCCUCUGGUGCCCCGCUCUUGCUAACACACCUAGCUGGUUUGUCCUCGGAGAGUUUGGUCUACAGUACAGACAGAGAUGAGAUGAAACAUUACAGCAGUGGUAGUCGCCAUCAUCAGCUCCACACACCGUCCUCCUUCACCUCCACUGCCUUCAUCCACUCCACCAGUGUGCUACCUCAUUCCAGUUGUGUAGGUGUUGAGGUAGACGAGGAGUUCAAGCUUUUACCAGAGCGGCUGGAGGAGAUGCAGCUUCUGUCCAUACAGGUGAGGGAGGUGACAGCCCAGCUGGGCGAGACUGUCACAGCUAGCUGGAAGUCUCUGGAGCCAGGCACCACCUCCAUCCUCUCCUCCAUCUCCCUGCCUGAGAAACAGGAGGCUGAAGAAGAGAAGGAGGUCAAAGAGCAGGAGGGCAGUCAAGUCAUAGAUGAAAGAAACAGAGAGGAGAGGAUUGCUGCUGAGACAGCAGCUGAUUAUGGAGACUCUGAGGCAGUGAGGAAGAGUCCCAAAGCCUGGUUGGAGUCUGUUGGAGGAGGACUGAGUCAGGCCAGUCUCAAGGAAAUGGAGGCUUUGGUGGAACAGUUGUGUUGCCUCACCCUGCCUGACACUCAGAGGAGCAGACAAGAAGACCAGGAGCAAAGUGUUUCCCUCAUGCAACGCAUUCAGAUCUUCUGUUCACACCUGGGACAGCUCAUCCAGUGGCUCUACACAGUGUCAGAGAAGAUGAACCUGCUGGACGCGCCCACCAUGGAUAUAGAGAGUUUGAAGUCAUCGCUGGCUGAAUAUCAGAGUUUUCAGAAAGAGGUGAGCAACCAUCAGAAACUGACCGCCUGUGUCCUGCACAGUGGACAGCUGCUCCUCACUUGUGUCAACACCACCUCUCCAGUUUUAAGAGAUACACUUCUGUUGAUUGAGAAGCAGUCUAGAGCUCUGGAGAGCCACAGGGAACACUUCUUCUCCUCCAUCCAGGCUGCCAUGGACAGUCUGGCCCAGCCCAGCAAGGUGGAGGACCUAGACCCUAUGGGGCUGCAGAGGUCAACCCUGUGAACACUCAGUACGAGUGCAGUACAUGUCUGUGUGCAGGGAUAUGAUUCAAUUCACUUAUUUAUAUCUUUAUUUUCCUACUUGCUCCCAAAGAUUGUUUUUUAAAACUUUAAUUUAUGCAUCGCAAAAGUCUGUUUUAUACACACUAAGGAUGUCCUUAAAAGUUUCAUGAGAAAAAGAUUCAGGACCAGUAUAUUAUCUAAAGUAAACUAAUCACUUAGAAUACUGCAGGACCUUAAAGUGCUGAAAUGAUGUGUGAGGGAUUAAGUUUUUUCCUAUCAUGUCUUGAUAUUGUUAGUGAUAUAAUGCACUGUUUGUCUUAGUCACACUUAUUGUCAGUGUUGACCCUGACCAAUUUUAAUUAUUUUUAAUGUACAUUCCUUGUAUGUGCUCAUGUUAUAAACACACAGUGCAGCAUUAAGAAUGAACUGGAGUCAUCACUGCAGUAGCUGAAGAAAUUGUCUUUCCUGAUCUUUUGUUAAUUAUG